UAAGAGGCUUCCUGCUGCCUCUUCCUCACACUUGCUCCCUCUGCCCCUCGGUGUGCGCUCGUGUUCCGCUCUCGUGUGAAUUUCAGUGAAUUUUCGAAAUGGCUCUCAGAGGAAUGACCGCCUUUUUGAUCUUCGCCUCCGUGGCUGCCACCAUCGCCCAUGCAGCUGAGGACAGAGAGGGAGAGGAGACCCCCCGCUUCUUCUUCACGUCCACGGGCACCAACAGCACCAGUAACGUGGCCUUUGACCCUAAUAGUAUAAUCUACAUCGGUCUUAUCGCCCUCGGAAUCUUCGGUGUUAUCGCCUUGGUUGGAUUCUUCUCGGAGGAGGCUAAGGAAGAGGCUAACUAUAUCGCACCCACGCUAUACAAUGCCCCGACUUCCCCCUACGGCCACGAGGAGAGUUCGUACACAUCUUAUGCCGUCCACCGCUCCUUAGAAGAUGCCGCUGAUAAGUACGAGUAGACGGGAGGUUUGUAUGACGGAGCGCGCCGUCGGAUUCUCAUGUCUGAUUUUGCUUGCUCUAUUUUCUUUUCUCUUGUUUGUGUCUUUUUAUUUGUCUUUUUUUCUGUCUGGCUCUUUCUUUUUUCUGUUUGAAUAUGUUUCUCUAU